AUGAAUCAAACCGAAACGUCUUUACCAAAUCGAUAUGUCAUCGAGGACAAGCAUUUCUCCUCCGAUGAUAAAUUUGUCAUUACUGAUGCUGAUGGAAAUGUUCAUUAUAAAGUCGAUUCGACAUUAUUUGUCUUAGGAGACAAACUGACGCUAUAUGAUGCUGUCGGAAAUGAACUAAUACGAAUUCGCCAAGAGAAACUGCAUUUACAUCCAACAUAUAACAUCUAUUCGAUUCGUCGAGAUGCUGAAGAAACACAACUAGCGUCUGUAAAACGAACAGGCUCACUCACUCAACGUAAACUAGAAAUCAGCACAUCGAAUGGCGAUUAUCUUAUGGAAAAUCGAGGAGGUCCCUUUUCUCGCGAAUUUCUACUGAAGAAAGAUGACAGCAUCGUUGCUUUCGUUACAAAAGAUACUACUCCAUUGAAAGACACAUUUUGGGUGGAGAUUGCAAAUGGCACAGAAGAAUAUCAUGCGUUCAUUAUGGCUUUAAUCAUCGUUCUUUCAUGCGCGCAACGUCUUCCGGGUAAUCCUCUGGCAACACCUCAUCAAGGAAACAUUAAAGUUUAA